AUGCUAUUCAAGGGAAUAAGAUACGCUAAGAGUUAUUUUCACGGUGCUUCGAACAUUCCAUUAACUUAUAAAACUGUCGGGUAGCAGUUACACGAUAUUACUGAGAAAUACCCUGACAAUUUGGCAGUAACUAAGCUUUAUAUGGAUUUCAGGUGGCUUCCUAAUUGCAAGAUGUUCAGAUGACUUACAGUGAAUUCUUCAAGAGAUCAAAAGAAUUGGCUGCUGCCUUUGUGGCUAUCGGAUUGGAGAAAGGGGAUCGCAUAGGCAUCUUUUCACCAAACAAUGUGGAGUGGGCGUUAACUUAAUUCGCCGCUGCAAUGGCUGAUUUGAUUUUAGUGAAUAUUAACCCAGCCUAUUAAACCAAUGAAUUAGAAUAUACUCUGAAUAAAGUUGGAUGCAAAGCCUUGAUAUUAAGAUCUACUUUCAAGCAUUCUAACUAUGUGAAUAUGAUCAAGGAACUGGCUCCAGAAUUAGAUCAACCUGGCCACCUUAAUUCCAAGAGAAUCCCAACUUUGAAAAGUAUUAAUAUCAAAUAGAAUUAGGCACCAUUUUGAUCGAUGACAUCCACAAGAAAGGUUUUUUUAAUUUUAAAGAACUCUUCUCUCUUUAUGGUUCCUCCCAUUUGAAUGAAGUUGAGUAAAGAAUGUCAAAACAAGAUCCAGACGAUAUCACUAAUAUUCAAUUCACAUCUGGAACCACAGGAGCCCCAAAAGGAGCCUGUUUAAGUCACUUGAACAUAUUGAACAACGGAAAAUAUGUGGGCGAAAGAGUUCAUUACACAGAAAAAGACAGAGUAGCUAUAGCUGUGCCAUUGUAUCACUGUUUCGGCAUGGUCAUGGGUAAUCUGGCAUGUAUCAAUUACGGGUCUACUAUGGUUUAUCCAAGUGAUGGCUUUAGUGCUGGAGCUACCUUAGAAGCAGUCACAAACUAUAAAUGCACUUCUAUUUACGGAGUUCCAACAAUGGUAUCUUCAUUCAUUAAUAACUUUAGUUUAUUGAGUAUUUGAAUGAAUAUGAGAGACAUCCAUCAAAAUAUGAUGUAUCUACAUUGAGAACUGGCUUAAUUGCUGGAUCUUUGGCAUCUGAAGCAUUGAUGAAAUAAAUUAUCAAUGUUUUGGGAGUGAAAGAUAUCUCAAAUUGUUAUGGAUAGACUGAAACAAGUCCAGUUACAUCUUAGACUAAAACAUCAGAUUCCUUUGAAAUUAAAACUAGCAAAGUUGGAUUACCAAUGAACAUGGAAGUGAAAAUAGUUGAUUCAAAUGGAAAGAUUGUACCUUGUGACACACCAGGGGAAUAUUGUUCUAGGGGAUAUGCUGUUAUGAAAGGAUAUUGGGGUGAUGAAAAGGCCACUAAAAAUACUAUCGAUGAAAAUGGAUUUCUACACAGUGGAGAUUUGGCCACCAUGGACAAAAAUGGGUAUGUGGCUAUUGUUGGCAGAAUCAAGGAUAUGAUCAUAAGAGGUGGUGAGAAUAUCUAUCCAAAGGAGAUUGAAGAUUAUUUAUCUCAUAUGACUGGAGUCGAAUAGGUUUAAGUAGUAGGUUGUUUUGAUGAGAAAUAUGGAGAGGAAGUUGUCGCCUUGAUUAAAAUGAAGAAGGGAGCUGAAGAACUUUCUGGAUUGGAUGUCUAUCAAUUUUGUCACAAAAAGAUUGCUCACUACAAAAUUCCAAAGUAUGUCAAAUUUGUCAAUGAUUUUCCAUAUACUGUAACAGGUAAACCACAAAAGUUCAAAAUGAGAGAUGAAAUAAACAAAGAACUUUAGGAUCCAAAACUUAGAGAGUUAUAUCAAAUCAAAUGACAUUAUAAAAUAUUUUAUAAA